AUGUCACGGUCGAAACGAACCAAGAGUACUUUAAGAACAUUUACAUCAACUGAACCUAUAACCAUAAAAAAUAUCGAUAGACAAGACAAAACCAAACAUAUUACUGAAAAAUAUUUAUCGUUUGAAGAAUUAAUGCAUUUACGAAAAAAGAACUCAAGUAGUUAUAACAUUCGAAGAUUUAACGAUGAGAUACCUAAUGAGAAAGAAGACAAGGCAAUACUAAGGGAUGCGGCGACAACAACCGUACAAAGUACCUCAGAGUAUACUGCAAAUACACCAUAUAUUCGGUUGAAAUACUGUACACGCAAGUUGACUUGCACGUGGACUGCAGCUUCGUUAACAGACAGUGAAGGUAGCAUUAUUCCUGGUGGGCCAGGAGGUAAUGUUGGGACCCGAACACCCCCAGGCUAUGUUGAAGGUUGUACGCGAACUUCCACCUGCACACGAGAUUUUAUGGAUAGAAAUAAAAUGGCUACAUUGCCUAUAGAAACAACUAGUCCCGAAAUAAACACCGAUGAUGAAGACUAUUGCGAACGUCGGUCUUUAAAUAAGCGAAAUUCAAAUGUAAUUGAGUUAUUUCAAGAAUAUGAAAAUAAAUUUCGAGUUAUAAAUAAUAAACUCAAUUUAAGUGUUUUCAAAGAACUGCCACAAACGAAGUCUAUUAAUGAAUGUAACUGUUCUGAAGAUAUUGUUAGAAAUAAAAGGCAUCAUAUGAAUCAUAGUAAUAUCAUAAAUUUAUUUAAUUAUAGAAAUGUCAAACGAGAAAAUAUAAGAGAACUGUUUAAUAACGAAAACAAUGUAAUGUCCUAUGGUGAUCUUUUUUAUCUUGUUUUGAACAAAAUUCUUGAAACAUGGAAAAGUAAAUCCAUAUCACAUUCUCGUAAAAAAUGUUCUUGUAAUAAUGACGAUAAAUUAACACUUUCUUAUUUAUUAUUAUUUAUUACAGUCUUAGCAACAACU